AUGGAUUAUGUAUCAUCAUUAUUUAAACAUAUCAAAUUUCAUAAACUCUCCAGAGUAGCAAAUGUAUUAAAAUCCGAUGAAUUUGUUGUAGAAUUUAUGAUCACGCCUGAAAUGUUAUUACGAAUUGAAUUUAACGUUUUGCUAUAUUUGGCAAUUGCAAAUGGAUGGGCAACAGUAACAAAUCGAAAAUUAGAAGAAGCUUUAAUGAAAUCCUAUAAUCGGAAACAUCGUCCAGUAAAAAAAGAUUCGACAACAAUGCAAAUUCAAAUUUACCUGUUAAUUGGACAUAUUGAAAAAGUGGAUGAGAAUGAACAAACGAUGUUACUUCAUGGAUUAUUGUGGACAUCAUGGAUUGAUGAAUAUUUGAAAUGGGAUCCGAGUAAAUACAAUAAUACAAGACGUAUUACAAUUGAAACUUGGAAAAUUUGGCAACCUGCUCUUUCACUUUAUAAUUAG